AUCCUUUUACACAAACACUCACUCUACAAACUCUCUAUCAAUUCACACAAACCCAUCAAAUGGCUUUGGAAGCUCUAAGUUCUCCGAUCUCAGCUGCCCCUUUAUUGCACAAUGACAGUGCAGAAGACCACUAUGUUGAGCUGUGGGCAAAGAGUAAGCGGUCUAAGCGUCCCCGUCUCGACAAUCCUCCGACUGAAGAAGAGUACCUGGCUCUCUGUCUCCUCAUGCUAGGAGGUCAAGGUAGUGGUGGUGCCACCACAACCACAAACACCAAAAACCAACCAUGUCCCACCAUGCCAUCACAAACUCUCCCUUACAAGUGCACCCUCUGUCACAAAGCCUUUCCGUCUUACCAAGCCCUAGGUGGACACAAGGCCAGUCACCGGAAGCCCGUUGGACUGGAAGACCAAUGCUCCACCACCACCACCACCACCACCACCGCUAUCACUACCAAUUCUUCUAACGCCUUAAACCCUAACGGUAAGACCCACAAAUGUGCAAUAUGUCACAAGACUUUUCAGUCCGGGCAGGCCUUGGGUGGACACAAGCGUUGUCACUAUGAUGGUGUCAUCACUGUGAGCCAUAGUCAUCGUGACUUUGACUUGAAUUUUCCGGCCUUGCCGGAGUUCUAGCAUGGUUUUAAGUUUCACUGUGCACAGAAAAGGUCUACUUCCCGGUGAGCUAGUAGUUGAAGUCCCUGCUUGGCCAUGGUGCUACCUGCUGGAAUUCCAAACGGAGUAGUCUACCUUAGCUUCGAAAUAGAUUCAAUUAAUAAUCACGUGGGACUUUUGAACCACAUGUAUUUGUUUAGUAGUAUGCUAGCAUUGUUGUGUAUUAAAAUUCUUAUUAUUUGAAAGGUAAUUGAUUAAAUAAAUUAUUUUAAAGCAA